AACCGUACACCUGUGAUGAGAGAGUGAGGUAGAGGGAGAAAUUUAGAGAGAGAAAUAAGCUUUAGAGAGAGAAAGUUUUUUCUAGAGUGAGAGCGGAGGAGCCAAAAAGGAGAUCUGAUCGAAUCGUGAGAGAGAAAGGUAAACGAGCACGAAACCCUAACCCUACUGUUUCUUCCAAUCCCGAAUCCUCUCCUUCUCUAUGUGUUCCUGUAUAUAGAGACAUGUAUGUGUAGAUAGUUCUUUGUGUGUGUUGGUACAGAUUUAGAUUAGAGUAGAUCGAUAAAAGUUGGAGCUUGCUGUUAGGUUUUUGUUUGUGUUUUGUGUUUUGCCCUAAUUGAAUUCUGAUUCUAGGGCAAAAUUAGGGUUUUUGUGGCUGGUUAUAAAGGGACUCGAAAAACCCUAGUUUUGGACCAGUCUUGUGAUUCGGUUUGUGUGGAUAAAAAAGAAAUUAGGGUUUUGGAGUUACAUGUAUGGCUUCGGGGACUAUAGUUGGAGAGGGAGGUGGAAAUGAUGGAGCUAGAGAGAAACAGAGGUUUACAGAGAGUAAAGUUUAUACAAGAAAAGCUUUUAAAGGGCCCAAGAAGAACAUCAACAACCUCACCACCACCACCACCACCACCACCACCACCACCAAUAACAACAACACCAUAAACGCUCCCAACUCCACAAUAUCCACCACCGCAACUGCAGCCGACGACAACAACAACAACAACAACAAUAGCAGCAGCAACGACAAUAACAACGACAAGAACAUUGAGAAUAACUCCAUCCAAGUGCCGGAAUCUCAAACACCAGCUUUAGAAGACACAAAUUCGGCCCAGCAACAGCCCAUUUCUCGCCUGGAUGCCAACUCGGACGAUUCUUCUAGCCUCAAUAGGCAUCAAGGAACGCCAGCUGUGGCCCCAAGUGGUCCGGAACUGACUGCUGGCAAUGGGGUAGUGAAGCGAGGUUUGGACAAUAAGGUAAAGAUAAAUUUGGCGUCCAAGUCUAAGCAGGAGAUGAGAGAUCUCAGGAGGAAGCUCGAGAGUGAACUUGAUAUGGUAAGGAGUUUGGUGAAAAGGAUUGAGGCCAAGGAAGUGCAGCUUGGUGUUGGUGGGUAUGGUAAUUCUCGAUUGUCUCUGACUGAGGUUGAUAAUGGAUUGAAGAGGGUAAAUUCGGAGGUGGGCUCAGUGGGUGCUCCUCGUGAGAUUACUACUCCUAUUCUUACUCCUACUCCUAGGCAGUCUAGGCCUUUGAAUCAGCUUAGCAUAUCAGUGUUGGAGAAUAGCCAGGGUCCUGGUGAGACCGUGGAGAAAGAGAAAAGGACACCAAAGGCAAAUCAGUUUUAUAGGAAUUCAGAGUUUUUGCUUGCAAAAGACAAGUUUCCACCAGCAGAGAGUAACAAGAAGUUGAAAUUGAAUGGAAAGAAGCAAGGGGGAGGGGAAUUGGGAUUUGGGUUUGGGACGGGUUCCAAGGUUUUCAAGAAUUGUAAUGCUUUGCUUGAGAAAUUGAUGAAACAUAGGCAUGGUUGGGUGUUUAAUACUCCUGUUGAUGUAAAGACUCUUGGUUUGCAUGAUUACUAUGCUAUUAUUAAGCAUCCUAUGGACUUGGGUACUGUGAAGACAAGGCUGAACAAGAAUUGGUACAAGUCGCCUGAAGAGUUUGCAGAGGAUGUGAGACUAACAUUUCAUAACGCUUUGAAGUAUAAUCCAAAGGGGCAAGAUGUUCACAUAAUGGCGGAGGUGCUACUGAAGAUGUUUGAGGAAAGGUGGGCUGUUAUAAAGUCAGAUUAUGAUCGUGAGUUGAGGUUUGCUGCCAGUUAUGAGCUGGGUAUUCCUACACCAACAUCAAGAAAGACUCAUCCGCUGCCACCCCCUCCUCUUUAUAUGCGGAGGAUUUUGGAUAGAUCAGAAUCAAUGACCUAUCCUCCUGGCGAUCUUAGACCGAAAUCUAUUAGUACAACUCCUUCAGGAAGGACCCCUGCUCCAAAAAAGCCUAAGGCAAAGGAUCCACACAAGAGGGACAUGACUUAUGAGGAGAAGCAGAAGCUUAGCACAAACCUCCAGAGCUUACCUUCAGAGAAGCUGGACAAUAUUAUCCAGAUAAUAAAGAAGAGGAAUUCAUCACUUUGCCAACAUGAUGAUGAAAUUGAAGUGGACAUUGAUAGUGUUGAUACGGAGACUCUUUGGGAACUGGAUAGGUUUGUUACCAACUACAAGAAGAGUUUAAGCAAGAACAAGAGAAAAGCUGAACUUGCAAUUCAAGCAAGAGCAGAUGCUGAGCAGAAUGUCCGGGAGAAGAUAACAGCACCAGUUGUGGCAGAGGCACCACUGGAAACCAAAACAGCAGAUGAAGGGAAUGUUUCCACCUCGUCACCUGUUCAAGUAGAGAAACAGGGAGAUAAUGGAACUAGGUCAAGUAGUUCUAGCAGCUCUAGCAGUGAUUCUGGAUCUUCUUCAAGUGAUUCUGAUAGUGACAGCUCCUCAGCAUCUGGAUCUGAUGUAGGGCAUUAACAGAGGAGUCGUGUAGUUAUGGUACCUCUGCUUUUUAGCAUCAAGUUGGUGACUACUGUAUUGACUGUGUUGAUCUGAAGGUUGUGAACUAAAAGCAACAUCCUAAUUGAACUAUCCUCCUGUUUCAGAUCCCAGAAAAAUUAGAGUAGUUGGCAAACUGAUAUCAAUUCAUGAAUUUCCCCAAGGAAUCUGCUUUUGCUGUACAGUAGAGAAGUUCUUGAUAGUCAUACCAGCAAUUAUCCUGGCAGUGCAGAGAGAAGGGGGUUUGUAUCUCGGCAUAAUUGAGACCGAUUCCUUGAAUCUACAAGUGGCUUAUUUUGUCUAGUGAGAAAUUUGUAUAAUAUUUGGGUAGAAUGUGAUGAUGAUUAGAAACAGCAGAUGGUUUGUUUUCUGUAGCACGUGUACAUGGCUAACUACUGCUACUCAUCUUAGUUUCAGUAACAUUGUUGUUGAUUUUCUCCUUGCA